CAGCUUGAAGCGAGCGAGGAUUUAAACCAAGACGCUGACGCUUAAAACUACACCGUAUCAAUAGCCAUUUGGAUUCUCUGUCUCUUGGUCGAAGCAACACACACUUCGAAAUGGCUCUCCGAGUAACCAGAAACCGCUUGGCUUCUACCAGGACUGACCUCGGUGGCAAGGCCUGCUCGGGGACGGGGCCUUCGCUGAAGCCUCGAGCGGCGCUCGGCGAAAUCGGAAACAUCGCAGUUAACAAGGAAGCACAGAAAAAGAACAUCAAGACAGAGGCCACAAAGAAGACCAAAGUCACCACCAAAGUUGAAAAAGCAGCAGUCAUUGAACAACCCAAACCAAAAAAUGUUGCUCCCGUUAUACCCGAGCCUGCGGUACAGGUUCUGCCUGAACCAGCAUCCCCCACACCAAUGGAGACUUCUGGCUGUGAGCCUGCUGACCUCUGUCAAGCAUUUUCAGAUGUCAUGCUUCAUAGUGCUAUCAGGGAUGUGGAUGCAGAUGACUACGACAACCCCAUGCUCUGCAGUGAAUAUGUGAAAGACAUCUACAAGUACCUCCGACAGCUUGAGGCUGAGCAGAAUGUUAGACCCACUUAUCUGCAGGGUCAGGAGGUGACUGGUAACAUGCGAGCCAUUCUUAUCGACUGGCUAGUGCAAGUGAGCUUGAAGUUCCGCCUACUGCAGGAAACAAUGUACAUGACUGUGGGAAUCAUUGACCGCUUUCUUCAGGACCACCCAGUCCCCAAGAAGCAGCUGCAGCUGGUCGGAGUGACCGCCAUGUUCCUUGCUUCCAAAUACGAGGAGAUGUAUCCCCCGGAGAUCUCAGACUUUGCCUAUGUGACGGACAGGGCAUACACCACUGCCCAGAUCAGAGAUAUGGAGAUGACCAUCCUGCGGGUCCUCAAGUUCCAACUGGGCCGCCCGCUUCCUCUGCAGUUCCUCAGAAGGGCCUCAAAGAUUUAUGAGGUAACUGCUGAGCAGCACACCCUGGCAAAAUACCUCCUGGAGCUCACCAUGGUUGACUAUGAGAUGGUUCACUUCCCACCUUCCAUGAUGGCUAGUGCUGCUCUGGCUCUUACCCUCAAGAUCUUGGAUGCUGGCGAAUGGGAUGUGACACUGCAGCACUACAUGGACUACACAGCAGAGAGUUUGAUUCCUGUAAUGGCACACAUUGCCAAGAAUGUUGUGAAAGUGAAUGACGGGCUGACUAAGCACAUAGCCAUCAAAGGAAAGUACUCAACUUCAAAGCAGAUGAGAAUUGCCACCAUCUCACAGCUCAAAUCUUCAUAUGUGAAGGAUCUUGCAAAGCAGCCCACCCAGUGAGAUGACUAAAUGUGCCCUUUUUUUUUUUUUUUUCUUAGCACCAUGUGCUGAUUUUGUACAGUUGUAACUUAACUUUUUUUUUUUUAACGUGACUGAAGGAUCAGCACAUUAAGGACCGUGUCAGUGGCUUGCAUGUUUUAACCAACUGAGAUUGUACAUACGUUUACUGACCAUUUGCCAAAGCAUGCGACAAGUUUGAAUUCCUUGUCCCUGGCUUCCAGUCUGAAAUCUAGCCCUCCAAAGUUGUAACACAAGGCAGUUCAGUCAUCAAAUUAAGAGAACUGACUUGCUCUUCAGUGAAGUGAGCCAUGUCACCUUAUUGGACACAGUUACACCAAAUGACUACUGUAAUGCUACCAAUUCACUAUUUUCAGUGUGUUUUACAGCAUGGAUUGUUAAUGCACUACUUAUUGUUGGCAGACUGAAUAUCCCCUAUCCUGAGUAUCCUUGAACACAAUAUUUGACACUUCUGCACUCAAAUGUUGCCCCACACUAACUUGACCAAAGUCACAAACUUAAGUCCCUGGUGUAUCUAUUUUUAUAAAUUACUAGCUUAACUACUGCCAAGCUGUUGGAAAUCAAACUUGUUGCAUGCUUUCAGAAUGGCCAGCCAUGGAAAGGUCCAGAGCGCAGGUCUGGACCUUUUUCAUGGUAUAAUUUUCUAAAUGUGACAGUGAGUGUCUUAAAUGUACAGCAAUACAUUUUUAAAAUGGUUUUACAUUCUUAAAUGUCUUGUUCUUAAAGCAUCUAUUAAAUGGUUUCGACCAGACAUUU